AUGGAGGACGACAUCGACAUGCCGGCGGGGGGGAUGAACGAGGAGAUGAUGGAGGAUUUCCCCGAUGACGACCCCGUCAUCAAGGUGGGGGAGGAGAAGGAGAUCGGCAAGCAGGGUCUCAAGAAGAAACUCGUCAAGGAGGGCGAGGGUUGGGAUACCCCUGAGGUUGGCGACGAGGUUGAAGGUGCCGCUCACGAUUCCUCCUUUGAUCAUUUUUGUCUGGAAUAUUGGAUGGUAUUUUGCCGGAUCUCUCGAGUAUUCCGCUCAUUCUGAUCACGAAUGUGUCUGCAGUGCAUUAUACCGGGACGCUGCUGGAUGGAACCAAGUUCGAUUCGAGCCGCGACCGUGAGGCUCCGUUCAAGUUUAAGCUGGGGCAAGGUAUAUUCUUGUCCUUCCGUGCAUUUGUCCUCUCUUGAGGUCCUCACCGUUUUGCUGUUGAAUGUGUUUCAUCGGUCAGUCUGUUCUCAUUGAUUUAAGUCGCCGCUACCAUUUUUUAUUAUCGUGAUCACGCAAUGUCGAGAUUAUGGCCACACUCUAGAUCCGGCUGUGAUGGGUGAUCUGUGGUUGACUGGGCUUCAUACGCUUCGCGGGGUUAUUUGCGUAUGAAUAUAGUAUUACACAUAGGACAGGGAGAGAGAAGUGAAUCCGUUAGCCUCCUGUGUGUUAUUGUAUGAUGCAUGUUCUUCUCCUUGGAGUAUCCACCUUCGUGCACAAUACAUGUCGCAGAUACUGCAUGUGGGAUGAAUGAUGGGUUCGUCACGUCGAUUGAGCGAGGUCAAAACUGAUCGAUUAUACGGCAAACGUCCUAGGGACAACAUUUGUACCAAUGCGUCGGACACAAAUAGUAUGCUAGUUUUGCGUAUGAAUGUUGUUGUCAGUUGUCUUAUUUAGUUAUAUGUUUUCUCAUGCUGUUUUGUACGUUCUCUUCUCCUGUCGCAAUGAAAAUGAAAUACAUUGAAGAACGCUUCUUUUGAAUAAGUUGGUUUUAGUAAAUUGGCUACAUGCGAUAUUAUGGCGAAUCGCAAUCGAGGUUUUCUCUUCUUUUGCCUAGGCAGAAAUGCAUCGAGUCUCGCUAGAUCUUCGAAAUUAGUUUUCUUAGCGAGAAAAAAAUCGGACUCUUUGAGUCUUCCUAUUUAGAGUUCGCGCUGUAUGACGUAAGUCAUUAGUUGAGACCGUCUAAGAUCAUGAUGAACCUUGCCGUCACUGCGGAACGAUUAGUUCUCAUUUGAUACUCUUUGGGCUCUCUUUAAGUACUCAUCUGCUGAGUGAUUUUGUUGUCAUAUUGGAUAGCUUUACCUACACUUUUCACACAUCGUUGAUACGUGAGGAGUGCAGAGUUUGUUAUGCCAUGGUUUUUCGUUGCUAUACUCACAUUUGGUAAAUAGGAUCGUAGCCUUUCUGCCGCCAGUAACUCAGUCUGGGCAGUGUUGUCUAAUGAAUAAGUUAUGAUGAUUAGCAACGGACGUUGGAGUUCCUACAGCAAGGGUGUACAUAUCGGGGAGAUGCAUAUACAUAAUGCUUUCAAUUAAUUCCGUAUUUGUUAAGGAGGUUAAUACUGCUAUUGAUAUCUAAGUUUUCUUCCUCUUUUGCGUUCACUUCGGUAGUCAUUCUUAACUAAUGGUACAGUGAUUCAACUGAGAGUUUGCUGAUCUAUAUGGAUACCCCUGUGAUGUGAUCGAAUUUUGAUGCAGCUUGGAACUCACCCUGUGCUCGCUGAUCAGACCGAAUUGAGUGAAUAUUUUGAUGCUUGACGACUGGAAUUCUUAUUCGUGUGAUGCAUCUGUCACCUUGGAUGAUUACUCUUUUUCUAAUCGAAGUAAUUUUUUUGCCACGAACAAAUUAUUUUCUGUCGUGCGGGGCACCCUUGUGGAUAAUCGUGGUGACGUAACUGGUUACUUGUGGCAGGUCAAGUGAUCAAGGGAUGGGACGAAGGUAUAAAGACCAUGAAGAAAGGAGAGAAUGCUGUCUUUACCAUUCCUCCAGAUCUCGCGUACGGGGCGUCGGGCUCCCCUCCUACGAUCCCUCCCAAUGCAACCCUGCAAUUCGACGUUGAGCUGCUUUCCUGGGCGAGCGUGAAAGAUAUAUGCAAAGAUGGAGGCAUUUUCAAGAAAAUCUUGUCCGAGGGAGAGAAGUGGGAGAAUCCAAAGGACCCGGACGAAGUCCUUGGUACGUAUUUAACUUUCACUUUCUAUCAUCGGUGUCGAUAUUAUCUGGUUAUCUUAACCUCUUUCAUCCUUUCACAGUGAAAUAUGAGGCCCGGCUUGAAGAUGGAACGAUUAUUUCCAAGUCUGAGGACGGAGUGGAGUUCACCGUCAGAGAUGGUCGUUAUUUGGUGAUUUUUUACUCAAACGGUUCUACAUUGACUCGUCGCCAGUACUAAAAAAGCCUCGUUUCCUCCAGGACUCUUCUGCCCCGCCCUCUCCAAGGCAGUGAAAACAAUGAAGAAGGGGGAGAAGGUGCUCCUCACCGUGAAGCCGCAAUGUAUGCUCACACUUCCAUUCUUAGUAAUCUUAAUCUUCUUCAUUCAUCCCUUCGCAUUGUAUUGAGACUUUGCUUCUGUUGACAGAUGGAUUUGGGGAGAAAGGCAGACCAGCCUCUGGGGACGAGGGUGCAGUUCCCCCCAACGCCAUCCUCUCUGUGGAGCUCCAGCUGAUCUCGUGGAAGACCGUGACUGAGAUCACCGACGACCAGAAGGUCCUCAAGAAAAUCCUCAAGGAAGGCGAGGGCUACGAGAAGCCCAAUGACGGCGCAGUGGUCAAGGGUAAGGAGGGCUUUCUUCUGUCUGUCUGUUUGUCUCUCUCUCUCUCUCUCUCUCUCUCUCUCUCUCUCUUUUUCCUUUUAGUUCUAAUCGUUAAACUGGCUCAUUCUCAGUUAAAUUGACGGGGAAGCUGCAAGAUGGGACAGUCUUCACCAGGAAGGGUUCCGGUGACGAGGAACCCUUCGAAUUCAAGACCGACGAAGGUAGCGUCGAUCUCAUAAAGCAGGAUAAAAUUCCUUUCUUUUAAAAGUCAGGAUUAGCUUGCUAAAAUACCCUUUUGGAAUCUGCCAUGCAGAGCAAGUGAUAGAGGGAUUAGACAAGGCCGUGCUGACUAUGAAGAAGGGAGAGAUAGCCCAGGUGACAAUUUCACCCGAGUACGCCUUCUCCUCCGCCGAGUCAACGCAGGACCUAGCCGUCGUCCCACCCAACUCGACUGUGUAUUAUGAAGUCGAGAUGGUUUCCUUCGUGAAGGUCAGCUUAGUCGGCAGUGAGAACACCACCUGAUCGAGAUGUUUGUUUUCGUAUAUAUCUGAUUCUCUCUCCGCUUGGGUCCUCCAGGAGAAAGAGUCGUGGGACUUGAACACCCCCGAGAAGAUAGAGGCGGCCGGUAAGAAGAAGGAAGAAGGAAAUGUGCUGUUCAAACAGGGGAAGUACGCCAAGGCUUCCAAGAGAUACGAGAAGGUAAGAGAGGAGGGCCUUGUCUGAUACGAGAAGGUGGAAACCGAGGCUCUUCCCUUCCCCUCUUAACCGGAUCCACGUCUCUUCCAGGCGGCCAAGUUCAUCGAGUACGACACCUCGUUCAGCGAGGAGGAGAAGAAGCAGUCCAAGGUGCUGAAGGUCUCCUGCAACCUGAACAACGCUGCUUGCAAGCUCAAGCUGAGAGACUACAAGCAGGCGGAGAAGCUCUGCACCAAGGUAACGAUACGAUGCUACCACAUUUCCUCCUCUCGUCAACGGCAGGGGCGUUUUGACUUGCUUAAAAUCUCUCAGGUUCUGGAGAUUGAGAGCCAGAACGUCAAAGCCCUUUACCGGCGGGCCCAGGCGUACAUCCAUCUCGCCGAUCUCGAUCUGGCUGAGAUCGACAUCAAGAAGGCCCUCGAGAUCGACCCUGACAAUAGGUUCCUCUCUCUCUCUCUCUCUCUCUCUCUCUCUACUGUCGACUAAGUUGAUCUUGGCUGAUCCUCUCAGGGACGUCAAACUGGAGUACAAGACGCUCAAGGAGAAGAUGAAGGAAUACAACAAGAAACAGGCCAAGUUCUACGGCAACAUGUUCGCCAAGAUGAGCAAGUUGGAGCGCCUCGAAGCCAGCGUAAGUUUUCCCGCACCCCCCAAAAAGAAAUAG